CUCUUUGGCGUGUUUCACCCCGGAAGGUAUCAACGUAACCGAUGCACCUGACAAUACCACGGAUGCUGGAGAAAUCACUACGGAGCUGGAUGUGGUAACGGAAACAGUGGCAACCGAGUUUGACAAUGAAACAGAAGUGACCAAUGCCAAGUUGGUAGGUGUGAAGGUGGAAAGUUUAGUGGAAUCCGACGAAGUUACAACCCAAGUCACCACGGUUGAGGAUACGACAUUGGAGAUUGAGCAUAGUAGCACAACUCCUUCCACGACUACCACGACGGUAGUUUACAAAUUAUUCCACCCCAAUAUUACCACUGAUUCAACUACAACCACUCAAUCAUCAACAACGGUGUCUUCCACUGCUGCAUCAUCGGAAUCAUCCACAUCGACUACUAUCGCUUCAGAUGCCUCGACAACUUCUGCUUCAACAACUGCUGAAUCAUCGAAAGCUGACUCAUCUGUUGCCGUUUCUCAAACCGAUGCUCCCUCAACCACUGCAGCGUCGCCUGAUGUAGCAACUUCAACCAUUUCACCGACAGCAACCAACACUACGUACCAAACGACUGUAUCCACUGAACCCAAUUCUACAGUGAUCUUGGUGACCCCGGAGGUUCAAUCCUCUACCUUGGUCACUCCGCUAGCGGCUUCCUCCACCAUCGUGAACAACGCACUCUGCAAAACCACCUACGAUCCGGCAACCAACCUGAAGAUAACGUCCUGCGCGACAUCGGCAACAACCACCAAGAGCGAACGGAAACGAUCCGUCGAUAGUAACGUUGAACUCUUGGCGACUUGGUGAUUGAUGGAGUGGAGACGGAAGUGCACCGACUGAUCACGAGGGGUAUUAUGCGAGCAGUGCAGCGAAGGAACGUGACGACACGACGGAGAUGUUUUCGAGUAUGAAUCGCCGAUGACAAUUAGCGCCCCGUAGAUGAGGUGUUAACUGUGCGAAAGGUUUCGAGGCGAGAAGAGUGAGUGAUUGUGUCUAGAUUCUGUAGGUUUUGUUACGUUCACAAGUAUAGUAUGUAAUUUAUGAACGCGUGAAUGUUAUCUGUUCUAUUUAGCAUAAAUAAAUCAAUUUUGUUUGAUAUUUUAA